AUGAAUCAAAAAAAUUUUAGAAUUCAAGGAUUUUUAUAGAAUAAGCUUAUUUCAGAGACAUCUUUAGAUCAAUUAAGAUAGUUUUAAGUCUAAGAUUAAAGUAAUUUCUAUUAGAAGUCUGUUCUUUUAUAGUAGAAAGAGUAAUCUAGAGAUAAUAUUCUCAAUAAAGUAAAAGUUAUCUACAAUCGCCCAAAGUUUGAAAUUGAUUAUAAUUUAUGUCUUUUAAGCUAUUAAGUGAAUAAAUUUCCUGAUACUGACCUUACUAUUGAACAAUAAAUAGCUAAAAAAUAGGAAUAAAGGAAAAAGACUUAUGAUGAAAAAAUUAUUUUAGCUUAAACGCUUUAGAAUUUACCAAGUGAGAAUGUGGAAUUUUAAAAUUAGAAAGAUUAAGCUAAUUAGCCUUAUUUGCUUAAAAUUAAGUCUAAUCCAAAUGAAAAUAACUUACCAAAUUUGUAUUCGAACUUUAAAGAGGAAAGAUAAAAUAUACCACUUUCAUCGUCUUAUUUUAAUAAUUUUAAUAACUAAAGUGUUAAUGAUAUAGUUAAAUUUUCAAAAGAAACUGGUUGCGAUUAUCCUACCUCAAAAAAAUAUAUUGAUGAAAAUGGUAAUUAUGAAUAGGCAAUUAAAAAAUAUUAAGAUUAUAUCUAGCAAUAAUUUCAACAAAUAUGA